CAACCUUCCAACAACCAUCAUUCUGCAUCGAAUCGAACAAUCAACAAUCUCAGUCAUGGCUCUACUCGUCGAUAAAUUACGACCUCGAUCUCUGGAAGCUCUCACAUACCACAAAGACCUUUCAGAGCGACUAUCAUCACUGGCAUCUUCAGCUGAUUUCCCUCAUCUCCUCUUCUAUGGACCCUCGGGCGCGGGUAAAAAGACCCGUAUCCUCGCGACCCUCCGGGCCCUGUACGGCGGCGGGGUGGAAAAGAUCAAGAUCGACGCGCGCAUGUUCACGACCUCGUCGAACCGGAAACUCGAAUUCAACAUCGUCUCGUCCGUGUACCACCUCGAGAUCACGCCGAGCGACGUGGGGACGUACGACCGGGUGGUGAUCCAAGAACUGCUGAAAGAGGUGGCGCAGACGCAACAGGUCGACCUGGCCGCGAGGCAACGGUUCAAGGUCGUGGUCAUCAACGAAGCCGACGGGCUCAGCCGCGACGCGCAGGCCGCCCUGCGCCGCACGAUGGAGAAGUACAGCGCCAACGUCCGGCUGAUCCUCGUGGCCAACAGCACGGCCGGCAUCAUCGCGCCCAUCCGGUCGAGGACGCUGCUCGUCCGCGUCGCCGCGCCCACGGAGCCCGAGAUCGUCGACGCCCUGACGAAGGCGGCCAGGAGAGAAAACUGGAAGGCGGUGCCGGCGCUGAACGAACGCAUCGCCCGCGAGUCGGGCCGGAACCUGCGGAGGGCCCUGCUGAUGUUCGAGGCCGUCUACGCCCAACACCCCGAACCCAGCGACAAGACCCCCAUCCCCCCGCCGGACUGGGAGGUCCUGAUCGAGCAGGUCGCCCGGGACAUGGUCAAGGAACGCACGCCGGCCAUGAUCCUGGCGGUCCGCGCCAAACUCUACGACCUCCUCACCCACUGCAUCCCGGCCACGAUGGUGAUCAAGACCCUGUGUUGGAAACUCGUGAAUCUCCCCGAAGUCGACGACAGCCUGAAGCCCGAGGUCGUGAGGUGGGCCAGUUUCUACGAGCACCGCAUACGUCUGGGCAGUAAAGUGAUUUUCCACCUCGAGGCGUUCGUGGCAAAGUUUAUGCGUAUCUUUGAAGGUUACCUCGUCGGCAUGGACUUUUGAGCGGGCCUUCUGGCCGUGGGGGCUAGAGAGUCGAAUCGUGCGAAGAAAAGGACCCAAGGUUGUUCUCCACGGGACUUACUACGGGUACCAGUGUCGAGGGUCCUGGCGAGAUAUGUUACGAUAUUGGUCAUCAUGAGCGCGGCGUUUUGAAGAAAUGGAAUUGCUACGGAUUGUUUUGUAUUGUAAAGUCAAGAGUCAGAAGUGCACUGGAAGAAAAAGUAGGGGCUCCAGACCGCAGACCUUUUGGCCCUUUCUGAUUUGAUGGCACGAAUACUUACUUUGUAUUCAUCUGAGAAUACCUCCUAUGUUUAUUGCUCACAGCAGCGAGUUAAUUCAAUACUAGGACGAUGGUAUAAAAAUCACAAUACUUACA